GGGCUUUCCGACUCCUGCGCCUUACCUAUGAUUCCGAUUUUCGAUAUCAAUGAAAUUGCGUUCGCGGAGUUGAUUCAACCGUUCGAAUUGUUGCAGCAACCAGCCAUGGCCUCGCAAACGCUGGAUGUGAAUGACGUGGGCACGGAAAGGAGACUCGGAAGUGAUACAGAUUCGGAAGCGGCACAGGCACGAGGAAUGCUCGAUUUGCAGGCAAGCUGUGCAAGCUGUCAUGACUUUACUUUGAGGAAGCUGGUCCAAUCUUCGGUUUUUGGAUUUCUCAAGGCGUUUCUACUUUUGGGGAGGGCAUUCCGACUAUAUUGCGCCAUACUAUGGUUUCCGGUUUCCGUUAAUAAUGUAAGUAUAUCUGACACAUCCCUUGCUUAAAGGACUUCCAUUUUCUUUUAAUUCCUUUGGAUAAGUGAUUGACUAUUUCUCUUCAAUCUUUGAGUGGUGGCUCGACUGGAAAUUGGCCACCAUUCAAGAUAGGGAUGUGAACGGGUGGGAUCCGGGUCCGGUCUAGGUAGAAGCACUCCCGAGUAGAUCAUUAAUUGGGACAAAACCUU